CGCAAAUGUCCGAUAUCCAAUUGCAGUUGUUGAAGCUCGUGCACGAGUCAGGCGAAAUCGCCAACACGUUGCAAGAAAAGACUCUUUCACAGUAUGAUUCCAACACUUUACAUUCCAAUUUGACCUCAUUGUGGUCCAAGGAAAUGAUCACUUUCAACAAGAUCGAGGUCGAUUCGUGGGCUCUCACAGCCGAAGCCGAGUCGUAUGUCAGUGCCGGUGCCACUCCGGAAGUGCAAGUUGUAGACGAAGUAUUGAAGGCCUUGGAAGGGUUGACUAUUUCUGGCUUGAAAGAGAAGUUAGGCCCUAUUGGUUUAGUUGGCCAGGGUAAAGCUUUCAAAAACAAGUGGUUGAGUAAGGAUGGCGAAAAGUUGAUAGCCAAGGUAUCUACAUUGCCAGAAGAUGUAGUUUUGAAGGAAUUGCAGACAAUUAAAGCUACCGGAUCGUUGGACGAUAAGAAGGAGUUGAAUGAGUUGAAGAAGAGAAAGUUGAUUAGCAUGACCAAAAUCAUCAGUUUCAAGGUAGAAAAGGGUCCCAAGUUCGCUUUGACUAUCGCCAAUUACGAAACAGACAUUACGUCCGAAAUGAUCAUCAACAGCUCAUGGAAAGAAGCCGAAUUUAAGCCAUACAACUUCAACUCGGAAGGUGUGUAUCCUACUUCCGGAGCCUUACAUCCAUUGAACAAAGUCAGGGAAGAGUUCAGACAGAUUUUCUUCUCUAUGGGAUUCACGGAAAUGCCCUCUAACCAAUACGUAGAAACCGGAUUCUGGAACUUCGACACUCUCUUUGUGCCACAACAGCAUCCAGCCAGAGACUUGCAAGACACUUUCUAUUUGAAAGACCCAGCAGUAGCCAAGCCUCCUCAGGACAAACAGUAUUGGGAAAACAUCAAGGCUGUACACCAGGACGGUAAGUUCGGCUCUAUCGGUUACAGAUACCCUUGGAAGGCUGAAGAGUCGUUGAGAAUGGUUUUAAGAACCCACACCACUGCCAUUUCUUCUGCCAUGUUGCACAAGUUGGCUGAAGAUCCAAAACCCGUAAGACUCUUUUCCAUCGAUCGUGUUUUCCGUAACGAAGCCGUAGAUGCCACACACUUGGCUGAGUUCCAUCAGAUUGAAGGUGUAUUGGCCGGUUACGACAUCACGUUGGGAGACUUGAUUGGUUUCAUGGAAGACUUCUUUGGAAAGAUGGGUGUUCAUGGUUUGAGAUUCAAGUCAGCCUAUAACCCAUACACCGAGCCAUCUUUGGAAAUUUUUGCAUUCCACAAAGGCUUGAACAAGUGGGUUGAAAUCGGUAAUUCCGGUAUGUUCAGACCAGAGAUGUUGGAGUCCAUGGGCUUGCCCAAGAACUUGAGAGUGCUUGGCUGGGGUCUUUCAUUGGAAAGACCUACUAUGAUCAAGUACGGUGUGUCUAACAUUAGAGAAUUGUUGGGCCACAAGGUUUUAUUGGACUUUAUUGAGUCCAAUCCUGCUGCCAGAUUUGAUGAAGACUUAGUCUAGAUAGAGGAUAAUAAAUUACUUAAUGAG